AUAUGCCUGGGUUCACCUGCUGUGUCCCCGGCUGCUACAACAACUCGCACCGGGACCGGGAACUGCGCUUCUACACGUUUCCUAAGGACACCGCUCUCAGAGAGCAGUGGCUGAGGAACAUCUCCCGGGCCGGGGUCAGCGGCUGCUUCAGCACCUUCCAGCCGACUACGGGGCAUCGAGUCUGCAGCGUGCAUUUCGCCGGCGGGAGGAAAACCUACAGCAUCCGGGUGCCGUCCCUCUUCCCUCUGCGAGGGGUGAAUGAGCGCAGGAGUCGGCGGGGCAGAGGCAGGAAAGUAUCCGCGGCGGUUCCCGCGCCCGCCGCAGCUGCGACCUCCGGAAUUGUUGUCACCAGCUCCGUGCUGGGCAGCACCGCAGAAGGAGCCGAGGCCAACGCAGGCGGGGAAGCGAGCGACGACAGCAUCACCGUGGUGCAGAUUGGCCAAAACGGGGAGUACUUGGGCACCGCGCGACUGCCCGUCCAAACGGAGGGGACAUCUUACACGGGGCAGGUCGGCGGUACAGCCGAGGUAACGGCUGGCGACUCACAGGUGGACACCUCAUCCGCGGCGGCACCGGUGCAGUAUGUCAGCGUGACCAGCAGCCCGCUGGACCACUCGUACUCUCUGACCACUGGCACCACGUCGGCCGAGCUACUGAGGAAGCUGAACGAGCAGCGGGACAUCAUCGCGCUCAUGGAGGUAAAGAUGAAGGAGAUGAAGGCGACCAUCCGCCAGCUCCGGGUGGCGGAGGCCAAGCUGCAAGAGGAAGUGCGGGAACGGGACCGGUUGCUGUACGGCCACACGGUGGCUGCUAACGUUCGGAAGAAAAUCUGAUGGGAUGGGUGAACAUCCCCGGAGACGAGCAGAUAUACAGACUCAGACUGACGGAGAGCAGAUGGACAGCAGAUCCAGCCCCGAUUUCUACGAAACUGAGAGCGAUGACAAUUUAUUUUCAAGUAGAGCUUAUUUUUAUUUUUAUUUGCGUUUAAUUUUUUUUGUAGGCUGGCUAGUUGAUGUAGCUGAUAGUAAUAAACUUACUGCUAAUCUAAUUGAAACAUGCACAGUCUGCCUCUGGUCUGCAGCCAAACCAAGAUCACAUGAAUCCAUUCAGACAAGACUCGUAGUUUGCACAGACUCACAUUUCCGACUUAUUUAUGACGGGACAGACUGAGGGGACACCGGCGAAGGACAUGCUCAAAACUGCCUAGCUGCAUAAAAUGUUUUUUGUCCUUAGGCUGUUUUUGUUUUGUU